CCUCGGGAGGUGCGCAAGAUCAAGCCGGUGGAGGUGGAGGAGAGCGGGGAGUCGGAGGCCGAAGCUCCCGGGGAAGUGAUCCAGGCCGAGGUGACCGUCCAUGCGGCCCUGGAGAAUGGAGGCGCUGUGGCAACCACAGCCAGCGCCGUGCCCGAGGAGCCCAAAGCCCAGGCGGCCCCCGAGGAGGAAGAGGAGGCGGCGGCCCCUGCAGUGACUGAUAAGGGGGUGGGCAAUGGCCGGGCCCUGGACUUGGCCCCGGAGGAGGCGGAUGAAUUCAAGAAGGAGGACUUCUCCGAAGCGGACUUAGUGGACGUGAGCGCGUACAGCGGGCUCGGGGAGGACUCUGGGGGCAGUGCGCUGGAGGAGGAGGAGGACGACGAGGAGGACGAGGAGGAUGGGGAACCCCCUUACGAGCCGGAGUCGGGGUGCGUGGAGAUCCCGGGGCUCUCAGAAGAAGAAGACCCGGUGCCCAGCAGGAAGAUCCAUUUCAGCACAGCACCCAUCCAAGUGUUCAGCACCUACUCCAACGAGGACUACGACCGGCGCAACGAGGAUGUGGACCCCAUGGCGGCCUCGGCUGAGUACGAGCUGGAGAAGCGGGUGGAGAGGCUGGAGCUGUUCCCUGUGGAGCUGGAGAAAGACUCCGAGGGCCUGGGCAUCAGCAUCAUCGGCAUGGGGGCCGGGGCGGACAUGGGUCUGGAGAAGCUGGGCAUUUUCGUCAAGACCGUGACGGAGGGCGGCGCAGCCCACCGGGACGGCAGGAUCCAGGUGAACGACCUGCUGGUGGAGGUAGAUGGGACGAGCCUGGUGGGCGUGACCCAGAGCUUCGCAGCCUCCGUGCUCCGGAACACCAAAGGCCGAGUGCGGUUUAUGAUCGGUCGGGAGCGGCCAGGAGAACAGAGCGAGGUGGCCCAGCUCAUCCAGCAGACCCUAGAACAGGAGCGCUGGCAGCGGGAGAUGAUGGAGCAGAGAUACUCCCAGUAUGGGGAGGACGACGAGGAGACCGGGGAGUAUGCCACGGAUGAGGACGAGGAGCUGAGCCCCACGUUCCCGGGGGGCGAGAUGGCCAUCGAGGUGUUCGAGCUGGCGGAGAACGAGGACGCGCUGUCCCCCGUGGACAUGGAGCCCGAGAAGCUGGUGCAUAAGUUCAAGGAGCUCCAGAUAAAGCACGCGGUGACAGAGGCCGAGAUCCAGCAGCUGAAAAGAAAGCUGCAGGGCCUGGAGCAGGAGAAGGGGCGGUGGCGGCUGGAGAAGGCCCAGCUGGAGCAGAGCGUGGAGGAGAACAAGGAGCGCAUGGAGAAGCUGGAGGGCUACUGGGGGGAGGCCCAGAGCCUGUGCCAGGCGGUGGACGAGCACCUGCGGGAGACCCAGGCUCAGUACCAGGCCCUGGAACGGAAGUACAGCAAGGCCAAGCGGCUCAUCAAGGACUACCAGCAGAAGGAGAUCGAGUUCCUGAAAAAGGAGACAGCGCAGCGUAGGGUCCUGGAGGAGUCCGAGUUGGCUAGGAAGGAGGAGAUGGACAAGCUCCUGGACAAGCUCUCGAGAGUCAUGGCUUCUUCAAAGCUUCGAGAACCUGUAGAUGAGGUUUUUGACCUGGACUUGGCCGUGCCAGAGACCGUCAGACUGGACAGUAGUUUACACAAGGCCCGGGCUCAACUGCUGGCCAAGGGCCGGAGACACCGGCCCUCCCGUUCAAGGCUCCGGGACAGCGCCAGCUCUGCUGAGGACGGCGAAGGCUCCGAUGGGCCUGGAGGCAAGGUGACCGACGGCUGCGGGAGCCCCCUGCACCGGCUGCGUUCACCCUUGCACUCGGGUCCGGGGUCCCCGGCGGGGGGCUCUUUCAGCCUGGAGCCGCCGGGGCUGCGGCGCAGCCUGGACGAGGACGAGCCGCCGCCCUCGCCGCUCACGCGCUACCGGCCGCUGCACAACGCCGCCUCGCACGAGGGCCUGGCCGCCACCUCUUGCUCGCCGCCGCGCUCCGCGCCCUCCUGGGACAGCUCGCCCAGCUUCGUGCGCCGCCACCUGCGCGCAGAGCCGCACAGCGAAGAUGACAGCCGGGACGCCAGCCCGCCUGAGCCUGCUAGUCCUCCCAUCGGCCUGGAUAAGAAGACGCGCCGGAAAUUCCUGGACCUGGGAGUCACCUUGCGCCGAGCAUCCACAGGCAAGAGCCGGAAGGAGAAGGGCAGCAACCGCCUGUCCAUGGGGAGCAGGGAGUCAGUGGAGGGGUCUGGCAGAUCCGGGGGCUCCCCAUUCCUGCCCUUCUCCUGGUUCACAGACAGUGGCAAAGGCUCAGCGUCUUCCGGCAGCACCACCUCCCCUGCCUGCUCCCCCAAACAUGAGGGCUUCAGCCCCAAGAAGUCAGCUUCUCAGGAAUCCACCCUGAGUGAUGACUCGACGCCCCCCAGCAGCAGCCCCAAGAUCCCUGGUGACCCCCGGCAAGAGGCCAAGUGCUCCUACCCCUACCACACACUGUCCCAGUCCUCGGACGAGUUCCUGGACGAGCCCCUCCCCACUGUCCACCACUGGACCAGCCAGCAGGUGGGCGAGUGGCUGCACAGCCUCCACCUGGGGCAGCAUGCCCCCGAGUUCGCCGCGUGGCAAGUGGACGGGCCCCAGCUCCUGCAGUUGGAUGGGAGCAAACUGAAGAGCCUGGGGCUCAGCAGCUCGCAGGACCGAGCGCUGGUCAAGCGGAAGUUAAAGGAACUGGCAGCCGCCUCGGAGAAGGAGCGCAAGGCCCAGGAGAAGGCAGCCAGGCAGCGCGAGAAGCUGCGGCGCAGAGAGCAGGAGGCCAAGAAGAGCUAGGGGGCGGGCACGGCCUCAGCACUAGGCGGGGCGCAGCCUGGCCCCCAUGCUCUUGGGGCACACACGCUCUCUCACUGUCUGGAUCUGGAACCCCAGGGAGAAGGGCCAGGAAUAAUCCUUUCCAGGGCUUGUUCAGCACAGCGUUCCUGGGGAGGAGGGAAGCAGCAGAACAGGGGACGUCAGCAGAGAGGCCAGGGCAGCAGGCACAGCCCCCAGAUCCCAGGGGGGCCUGGGUCAGGCUGACCCUCAGCCCUCAGGCCAGAAGUGAGCUGCGAUGCCUGCCUUCCAGGACCCCCAAGAGGGCCGAGGGUCUCAGGGUCCGUGGGUGUUCCUUCCCGGCUCACCAAGGCGGCUGUGGGUUGGGAGAGCACUGGCUGCUCCCCAGGCCACCAGUGGGCACUGCAGCAAGUCAUACUCAGGGUAGACUCCCAGCCAGACUGCCCAGCAGGACAGAAGAGCAGCAGCACGGGGCUCUUUGAGGUCUUUGUGAGGACCCUGGAGGGAAGACGACCCUCCUCUUCUUUGUCUUGCCCCCCAGCCCCCGUGGGUGAGGAGAUGCUCUCCCGUCAAGUCUGCCCUCCCUGGGGCCCAUUCCAGGCCAGGCCUCUGACCCACUCCCCAAGCCAGGGCCCAUCUCUCCUCCUGCUCCCUCACAGGCCACCAGGACCCCCUGUGGGACCAGAGCAAGCUUCGAGGCUAGAGUGGCCACCCUUCCACCCACCCACCCUGGAGUCCUCAGCCCAGCCAGGCAGGGGCACUGCCUGGGUAGUCACUGGGCGCCAGUGUGCCGGACAGGUCACCAGUCCUUCCUGACCUGUCAGGACCUCAGAGCUGGUGGAAUGUGCAGGGAGAUUGACUGAUUCUGGGCUACCAGGAGGUCAAGGCCAGCCCUCUGGGCAGGGGUGGGGGUGGGGGCCAACUCCAACUAGUCUGCCCUUGUUAGGGGGUAUUGGAGAGAGCAGACAUGGGGCAGGCCAACAGCUUCUGACUGAAGGGCAGGCAGUAGUGCAUGCUGGGAGGGGCGGUGCAGCGAGCUCCUCUCUCCAGAGAGCCGCUGCCUCCAUGGUGUUCCUGGGACUCCCCCUCUGCCCUGUGCUGGGAGGGGGGCUGCUAGGGGGGCCCAGAGGGUGGAAGGCACCUGUGUCUGGUGGGUGCCCACCUGCAUGCGAGGGAAGGCGGGUCUCCAUUUAUCUCAAUAAACACGUUUGGCGUGCCAGUGA